AUGGAUUUAAAGCAUCGAAAACUGAAUAACCAUAAAUUAGAGACUUGUAGUGAUGGUUAUGUGAAUUUGCCCACGGCUGAAUAUCAAAUUAUCGAAGCUCCAGAUUGGGAUAGUGACGGUACUUUUGAUACAAAGAGAGAUUUGGGAAAAACGAUGGUUCAAAGGCUGUUCCACUGGGGUCCACUAGCAGUGAUUUGCAUAACAUUAAUUAUUGGAACUGCUACGACAUAUGUGCAUUUGCAGUGGUGGCCUUUAACUUCAAUAACUUCAUUCUUGCAUCUUUCACUUUUCUUACUAUUCAAUUACUUGACUUUAAUUAAUCUUAGUAGAUCGUCAUUCUUUGGUCCAGGAUAUGCUCCAUACAACUGGAAACCACCGAGAAAGGAGGAUGAAGAUCGAUUACAAUAUUGUCGAAUGUGUGAAGGUUUUAAGAUGCCUCGUUCGCAUCACUGCUCGAAAUGUGGUCGCUGUGUUUGCAAAAUGGAUCAUCAUUGCCCUUGGAUAAAUAACUGCGUUGGACACCGAAAUCAUGCGCUAUUUGUGCGUUUUCUUGCCUCGGCAACACUUGGUUGUAUUCACGCUGCUAUAAUUUUAUCUUUAGCUUUAUAUCGCUUUUUAUUCCGGGUGUGGUAUUUCAGUUACGGUAGUAGCAAUGAAUUCAUUGCUUUAUCAUUAUAUUCAUUUAUUUUUGUCAUAUUUGCAUUUGGUCUUUCACUGGGUGUCAUAAUUUCAGUCGGUUUUUUAUUAGGCAUACAGAUUCGAGGGAUAAUUCGGAAUCGUACGGGUAUUGAAGAUUAUAUCGUUGAUAAAGCAAACGCACGUGAACGAAAUACUGCAUUUAUCUAUCCUUACGAUUUGGGUUGGCGUCGUAAUAUAUCCGAUGUUUUAUUAACAUGGGAUGGUAUACCAAAAGGAAAUGGAAUUUGGUGGCCAAUCAUACAUCCAACUACACAGUUUACACUUUCGGAAGAGCAAUUGUUGCAAAAGAAAUACAAGCGAGAUAAUGCUCAUGAAGUUGAAAUUAUACGGAAUUUCUCAGGUGGUUAUUGUUCGUCACUUAAAUUUGGCAUUUCUAUUUGGUAUUGUCAACCGUGGUCAGAUGAAACACGACAACUAGUGAGGGUUGGUGAACAUUGGAUGGUAACUCGAAUUAGUAAACAUUGGCUUUAUGGUAUCUUAUUGAAUGAGCAGAAAACAGCGGAGCCAGGAAAAGAAAAAAUAAUUAGAGGAUGGUUUCCGCGAAUAUGCGCUCGAAAAUUAUGA